AUGGCAGCAUACCUGCUUGGAUUUGUCUUGUAUUUCUCCCCUGUGCCCUUCCCCUACUUAGCUGUGCCCGACUUGUCCCUGCCUAUCUGCGCAACCGCGAACAUGAUCAAAGAUCUAAUGCGUCUGCUCUUCAGCACAGGAUUCUCCUCCACGGCCCCCCGAGAUGAUGAUUUCUUCAACGAACCCUCCACAAUGCGGCCCCGUCUGACUGCCGCUGCGGCAGCCAAGGAGUCCGGUCCCACAGAGGAAUCAGCAUCACUCUCGACAUCAUCGGCGUAUCAGGUCGUCGCCAGAGGUUAUCCUUGCACCAACAUCCAUUACGCAGCACCCAGUGCAUGA